AUGCGUAUUCGCCUACGGCCUCGCAGGAGACCACAAGGUAAGCGACCCCAGGUAAGCUGAAUGUUGCCUUGUUGUCUUUGCCCGCUCACGAUCUUCAUUUCAGCAAUGAGCUAGCUCAAAGGCUAGAUAACUUUCCUAUCGCUGCCGACGCCGCCGCUGCCGAGAACGCCUCCGUGGAGAACCGCUGGUGUCAGCUGCGAGACACGGUUUAGGCGACGACGCUCGCCAUCCUCGGUCGCGCUCCCCGCCAACACCAGGACUGGUUCGACGACAACGACGCCGCCAUCAGAAAUCUGCUUGCCGAGAAGAACCGCCUACACAAAGCCUACGUAGACCACCCCACUGAUGCCACCAAAGCUGCCUUCUACCGCAGUCGCCGCCAACUUCAGCAACGACGGCGCGAGAUGCAGGACGCCUGGACUGCUCGCAAACCUGAGGAGAUCCAAGAGUACGCGGACCGCAACGAAUGGAAGAACUUCUUCUCUACGAUCAAAGCUGUCUACGGUCCGCCGACGAAGGGCACUGCUCCUCUCCUCAGCGCCGACGGUAACACUCUCCUGACUGAGAAGACGCAAAUCCUGCAGCGAUGGACCGAGCAUUUCCGAGGCGUCCUCAACUGCCCCUCCGUCAUCUCCGACGCCGCCAUCGAGCGUUUGCCGCAAGUGGAGACCAACGUGGAUCUCGACCUCCCGCCAUCUCUCCAGGAGACCAUCAGAGCCGUGCAGCAGCUCUCCAGCGGGAAAGCACCCGGAUCGGACGCAAUCCCUGCUGAGGUCUACAAGCACGGAGGUCCACAACUCAUGGAUCAACUGACUGCGCUCUUCCAAGAGAUGUGGCGUCAAGGUGAAGUCCCGCAAGAUUUCAAAGACGCAACUAUCGUGCAUCUCUACAAGCGCAAAGGGAAUCGCCAAGUCUGCUACAAUCACCGCGGCAUCUCCCUGCUGAACGUCGCCGGGAAGAUCUUCGCACGAAUCCUCCUCAACCGUCUCACUAACCAUAAGGAACAGGGGCUUCUGCCGGAAAGCCAAUACGCCUUCCGUCGUCAUCGUGGGACCACGGAUAUGAUAUCGCCGCCCGUCAACUUCAGGAGAAGUGUCAGGAGAUGCGGACCCACCUGUACUCUACCUUUGUGGACCUGA